AUGUUCAUUAACGUUUUGUUUUUGUUUUUUCAAUUCACAGGUGGCAUUUCAAAUAUUUCAGAACGGACAUUCAAAGUGGCUCAGCAAUUUCAUCAUCAGCUUUCAAGUUUGAAACAUGCAAAUGGCAAACCUGUAGCAAAAAUAUAUUGUCAUGGAAAUUUUGAAGACCCACUAACACAAGGGCCAAUUGUAACAUUUAAUGUUCUUACCCAAAAUGAAGACUUCAUUGGAUAUAGUGUGGUUGCAAAGAUGGCUGCCACAAACAAUAUUCAUCUUCGUGUUGGUUGUUUCUGCAAUAUUGGAGCCUGCCAAAUACACCUGGGUAUCACAACAGAUCAACUGAUUAAAAAUUUUCAGGCAGGACAUGUCUGUGGUGAUGAAAAAGAUAUGGUAGAUGGCUAUCCAACUGGUGCUGUGAGAAUUUCUUUUGGUUCCAGUUCCACCGAAUCCGAUGCCGAGGAAUGCAUAAAAUUCAUCCAAAAAUGUUUCAUUAAUAAACAAGUGGAUUUUACUUCCCUGGUACCUCAACCCACUUCUCUUUCUUUGCCACAUUUACCUGCAGACAAAACUUGCCAGGAACUUCCAUCCACUUCCCUUGAGGCUAAAAAAGAAAUUUCUUCAGAUAUUAUUUCAAUAUCACAUUCUCCAGAUAUUGAAGAAAAAUAUUUUCCAGCCAGUACAACUCGAAGAAUUCUUUCUGAUUUAGUUAUAUAUCCAGUCAAGUCUUGUGCCGGAAUGAAGGUGACAAAAUGGCCAAUAAAUCCAUCUGGUCUCCUUCAUGACAGAGAGUGGAUGGUUGUCACAGAACGGGGUAUUGCUUUGACACAGAAAAGACUCCCGCAAUUGUGCUUCAUCCAACCAGAUAUCAAUUUAGCUAAUAAUACCCUCACUCUACAUUAUCCAGGAAUUCCUCCUCUGCAGUUGAGCUUGGAUUUUCAUUCAGCCGGCAAUGAAGAAAGAAAUAAGGACUACAUUAGCAAAGUUUGCUUUAAAAAAGUUCAUGGAAUUGAUUGUGGAGAAAAGGCUUCUGAUUGGCUGAGCCAAGCUUUGGGUGAACACAGAUAUCAUCUCUUCAGGUUGUAUCCAAAAAGUAACCAAGCUGGUAAUGAAGAAAGCAAAAUGAUGUCUCUUAGCAACCAUGGACAAUAUUCCCUCGUCACACAAGCAAGCUUAAGAGCAUUGUUUGAAAAAGUUCAUCAAUCGCAAUGCAAUGAAAGCGAAGAUUUUGAAGAGUUUACCAGUCGCUUUCGGAGUAAUUUUGUAAUUAGUGGCGGCGUUGUAUUUGAGGAAAAAUUCUGGAAAACAAUAAGGAUUGGUUCCGUUAACUUUAUUAAUGGUAAAGAAUCAAGUCGAUGUCAAAUGAUUUGUGUAAAUCAAAAAACGGCAGAGAGAACCUCAGAACCUUUGGCUUCACUUUUCACUUGGAUUGGAAAUAAGGUCAAUUUUGGCGUUUACUUUGAUGCUGAUAGUCAUCUUGGUGAACAAAUUCUUUCUUCAGGAGCAGAAGUGGUUAUCACCAGUGUAAAAACUGAAGACAAACUUUAA